GCAGGAGACAACAUGGACGAGCUCGAUUUGCUGUUGGAGGAGCUGGCCCUGAAUUCAGGGGGUUCAGAGAGCAUCAGUGACAACAGGAGCAAUGAUCCAGCAGCUGGAGAGGUGUCUGGAGGAGUUUAUUCUGGACUUAACAAGAGAAAAGCAGGAGGCUCAAACGUGUACAGUGAUCUGCCAGCUCCUGUGGCAGCUGCCCCGACCCCCGACUCACCCACUAGGGAGCUGGACGCUAUCUUGCAGGAUAUGAUGGGUCUGGGACAAGAGGAUCCAGUGCCUUCAACUAUCCCGCCACCUCUUUCACAAAAAGUGUCUGUGAAAAGGAAAAAGGAAGGAGGGCAACAGGAGAACAAAGGCAGCAGCCCAUCAGGCUCAGAUGCAAAGGCCUCGACCACGAGCAGGAAAACAGAUACGAUAGAUGACCUGCUGGGAGGCCUGAGCUCUGACUUGGAGAAGAUUGGCGUACGAACAACAGCCAAGGGCCACUGUGCUUCCUGCAACAAAUGCAUUGUGGGAAAGAUGAUCACAGCGCUGGGGGAAGUGUGGCACCCUGAACACUUUGUGUGUGAGGCAUGUAAGAUGGAGCUGAGCACCACAGGCUUCUUUGAGAGAGAGGGACGGCCGUACUGUGACAAAGACUACCACCAGCUCUUCUCUCCUCGCUGUGCCUACUGCAAGGGGCCCAUUAUGCAGAACAUCCUGACAGCUCUGGACCAGACCUGGCACCCCGACCACUUCUUCUGUACACACUGUGGAAACCUGUUUGGACCUGACGGUUUCCUAGAAAAGGAUGGGAAGCCAUAUUGUCCCAAGGACUUCUACAGCCUCUUUGCUCCCAAGUGCUCAGGCUGUGGAGAGCCAGUGAGGGAGAACUACCUGACUGCAGCCAAUGGCACCUGGCAUCCAGAGUGCUUCGUCUGCGCAGACUGUCUGAAGCCCUUCACUGACGGAUGUUUCAUGGAGUUGGAUGGUCGUCCUCUCUGCUCACAGCACUUCCAUACCCGGCAGGGCACUUUGUGCGGUGGCUGCGGUGAGCCCAUCACGGGCCGCUGCAUCUCUGCUCUCGAUCGCAAGUUUCACCCUGAGCACUUUGUGUGCGCCUUCUGUCUGCGGCAGCUCAGCCAAGGCAUCUUCAAGGAGCAGAAAGGGAAGCCGUACUGCUCGCCUUGCUUUGACAAACUCUUUGUGUGAGACGCACAGUCCAUAUUGUAUAAAUACUGUAUCACUGUCAUUGUGGAAAUUAUAAUUUCCACAUAGUGUGAAUGAUACAUUUGAUGAGGCAACUAUACUAUUCUUACAUUAUAAGAGUGUAUUUGCACUGAGCAAUAAAAGUUUCAUGUUUUUAGAAGUUAAUGGCCAACAGAGGUACCUAACGUUUUAAUGAAGUGUGUAAAAUCAAAUUUGACAUAAUGUAUUAAAAGAUUUUGUAGAAAGAUCAAUGGAAAAUGCUGAAAAUGUAACAUAAUUAAUUACAUGGUUGUAAAACACAAGGAAAGUACCUAUUUCCCAGGAUAAGUACAUGGAAGAAAUGUUUCACAUAUGUGAACUUUGGAUGCUUCUAAAAGGUGUGUUGCUGACACUUGGGCUAAACUAUAUGGGAUUUCAUACAUCAUGAUCAUAUAAAAUAUAUAAAUGGAGAAAGAAAAACACAGAAGUGCAGUUUUAAUCCAUAGUUUCCAUGAAGCUAUCCUCAGCUUGCCAUAAGGCUUGGCAGUGUGGAGAUACUCUCUGGCAGCGCGGAGCAGUUUGUCUAUACGGCCUGAUAGCUUGUAUUGGCAGUGACUGGCAUUGAAUCGGCGUGCCAACCUGAGUUUCCUCUUACUCUGACCCACCAUUUGGCCCCUGGCAUGUGUUCGAUUCAAACAACCUCUUCAUUCUUCACACAGGCUCCUUUGUAGACGCCUAUGGAAGAUUGAUGAAGGUGGUUUCAGAGAGAGCUCCUUCACAUCACUGCAUCUCCGCAGCAAUGUACUUUGACUGUUGAGGGAUGAAUCAGCUACAAAGUGUUUUAGAGUGAAUUUAUUUCUGGUGAUGCACCUUGCAUGUCUAGGCUCUCCUUUUUUCAUUGUUUUAUCCCUGAUAUUUAUUUUGUUCACUCCCACUGAUAUGAUGAUGACCAAUAGUUUGGAUGAUAUGUCAAGGUGAGAUAUUUGCAGCACAGUUAUUAUGUAGUAGAAAAUGUUUUAUCUAUUUAAAUGUGAGAUUUUGGUGUCAGUUCUGCAGAAUUAUAUCAUAACAAAAUCAAUGUUUUGCACCAAUAAAAACA